ACUGAACACACACUGAGCGCACACUGAGCACCGAACGCACACCCACCAUGUACAGCAGAUCCACCACCAUGAGCUUCACCUACCCGAGUCAGCACGCUUACAGACCGGCGGCGCGCAGCACCGAACCCGAGGUGUUCACCUUCGACCCGGUUCCGGAGCAGCACUUCAGCCUGCCGAGGCACCACCACCUCCACCACCAGCAGCAGCGCCGCAGAGUGACGCGGGUUCUAUACCCAGCCAAGGUGCGCAAAUACCUGCCUCCGGCCGAGAAGAACCCCGCCAAGCGCUGGCUGCUGGCGCUGUGCCUGGUGCUGCUGGCGCAGAUCUACACCGAGCGCGAUGAUGAGCAGCUCGCGGACACCGACACCGCCGCCGCCGCCGUCUCACACGCUCUCGCAGGGAACGUGCCGGGCGACGGUGCGUCUGCGUCCUCGCCGCUCUUCCUGCACUUCCGCUCGGCCGAGGAGACCGCCAGGCCCCGGAGCAGCUGCUCCACACACUCAGGGCCGCGGAGGAACACCACCUGCGGCAUGGAGGAGACACAAGUGCGGGAACAGCGGCAGCAGCAGAGGAACAACCCGUACGUGGUGGCGCUGCUGUAUCCAGCUGUUUACCACACACUGGGCUGCGAGCAGUGAACCCAUCCAUCCAUCCAUCCAUCCAGCAUGGCGGAGGCUCUCUCUCAACGCCCUCAGGGACAAACAGACUCACAGAGACACCAGCCUUCCACGAGGAAGACAGACAGAAGGUGUUCACCUCAGCUAGACUGAUCUGUGCACAUCUGCAUCAGCAUCUGUAUUGUUCAUGAAGUAAUUCAUCACUAAAAACUGAAUUACUGAGCAGCAUGAAGAGGUUAAAUCAGCACUUUCCCUAUGAUGAACAGAUGCAGGACUGGAACUGACAGAGAUGUUCUGAACACUUUUGAUGGACUAAACUUGAACUUGAAGUUUACUUGAAGUGUUACUUUAUAGAUUUAUUUUAAAAACAGGGUACUGUGUAGGACACGACUACAAACUGUGCGAUGAUGAUUGUCAAUCUGAGCAACACUUGAACUAUGUGAAAAUUAAGUGAGAUGAAGAAAUGCUCUGACACAUUCUCAUGUACUUAUUUAUUGUGCUAUUUAUUGAAUGAAUAUUUAAUGUCUUAUUUAUUUUCUGUGUGAAAUAAACAUGUGGAAUGUA